CGUUGUGGACAUAAGUCAAAGCUGCAGACAGACUUUGGGUAUAAAUAAGCAGAGCUAACGGCAGUGACAGUAUCAAACGCAAUCAUCCCUCGAAGAAGCAAGACCAAGAUGUUCAAAUACGCUGCCGUCAUCCUCGCCAUCCUGGCCUGCGCCUCUGCCAAGCCCGGCUUCCUGAGUGCUCCUCUGGCGUACACUGCGCCUGCCGCAAUCGUAGCUGCUCCUGCUCCUGUUGUCACCGCCACCAGUAGCCAGGUGUUUGCCAGGAACUACAAUGGAAUUGCUGCUGCUCCCGUGAUCGCUCCAGUCGCCGCUCCUUUGGCUGCUCCAGUGCUCGCCAAGUAUGCCGCUGCCCCUCUAGCCGCUCCAUUGGCCUACCACUCAGCACCCCUUGCGUACUCAGCGACUCUGGCUAGUCCGCUGAGUUACUCAGCUCCUCUGACCUAUAACGCACCGGUCCUUUUUUAAGAACCUUUCAAUAAAC